GAGAAGGUGAGGGUUCCAUUGAUUCGACCGUUGCAAUUACGGAGAAGCACAUUUACUAUGCGUGGGUCGGACAAAAAGGGGGGACGCACGCGGCGCUGUGGGGAUUGGUCCCAAUGCUGCCCCCCGCCGCGCGCGCACGCGAAACGAUGGCCGCGAUGACGGCGGCAAACCUGGCGCUGCUGGAAAAGGACCAGGAGGAGCUGAACCGCAUGCUCGUGCUUGCAUUGAAGCUGUACCGGGUCAAGUCGCGGGGUUCCGUAACCGUCACCUCCACCGACGCGGCCGCCGAGCCAACAGUCGACUUCGCGUACUUCACCCACCCGGACGACGUUUCGGACGGCAUCGAAGGCGUCCGCAUCCUCAAGGCCGUCCGUGACUCCCGCGCCCUGACCCCCCUGAAGUGGGAAAAAGUGCCCGGGACGCUCCUCCGACUGGUUCCCGACCUGGCAAACCUCCCUCCUGGGGCGUACCGGGGCGCCCUGCCGCUGAUCCCUGACCUCGACGACGAGUCGGCGGCUACCACGUGGCUGAAGGCUGACGUGUGCACGAGCUGGCACAUGCACGGCACGUGCCGGGUGGGGGAGGUUGUAGAUGAGGAGCACCGGGUGAAGGGCGUCGGGGGACUGCGCGUCAUGGACGCGUCAGUCUUCCGCGACUCCCGGGGGACUAACCCCAUGGCCACCAUCAUGGCCGUCGGGCGGGCGUUCGGCCUGCGGAUGCGGAAGGAGCGGGGCACGUGA